GACCGUUAGCUCCUGCCAACAGCCGGCGCCAAUAUUCCUUGCUCACUUCCUCUCUUAAAAACCAGAACAAGCCCCCUCCUUUUUAAAGUCUCAACCCCUCUCUCUCUCUCUCUCUUCUUUACCAAUAAUAGUGAUACAAAAUUACUACAGUCUAUACCUUUGUAUUCUAUAUUCUAUAUAUGCCCUAGCUAGUUAAAGUGUUGUCCUUGCCUGAAUAAUCUUUCACAAUUCGAUCUUCAUAGUCACAUCUGUUGGUUCCUCAUGGAAAGUGGGUUCUCUUCUCCUCGGAGCGAUGCCUUUCCGGCGGGUCUCCGUGUGCUCGUCGUCGACGACGAUCCAACCUGGUUGAAAAUCCUCGAAAAGAUGCUCAAGAAGUGCUCUUAUGAAGUGACUAUAUGUUGUCUGGCAAGAGAUGCUCUGAAUAUGCUCCGAGAAAGAAAAGAUGGAUUUGACAUUGUAAUCAGUGAUGUUAACAUGCCCGACAUGGAUGGUUUCAAGCUUCUCGAGCAUGUUGGACUUGAAAUGGAUCUUCCUGUCAUUAUGAUGUCUGUUGAUGGGGAAACUAAAAGGGUGAUGAAAGGUGUUCAACAUGGAGCAUGUGACUAUCUUCUCAAGCCUAUAAGAAUGAAAGAACUCCGAAAUAUAUGGCAGCAUGUCUUUCGAAAGAAAAUACAUGAGGUGAGAGACAUUGAAAGUCAUGAAGGCUUUGAAGAAAUUCAGAUGAUGAGAAAUGGAUUAGACGAAUCUGAUGAUGGGAAUUAUCUUAGUGGAUGUGAUCUGGCUUCUGGAAAGAAAAGGAAAGACAUCGAAAGCAAGCACGAUGACAAAAACUUUGGUGAUCCUUCUUCAUUGAAAAAGGCUAGAGUUGUUUGGACUGUAGAGCUACAUCAGAAAUUCGUAAAAGCUGUUAAUCAGAUUGGAUUUGAUAAAGUUGGUCCUAAGAAAAUCCUUGAUUUGAUGAAUGUUCCGUGGUUGACAAGAGAGAAUGUUGCUAGCCACUUGCAGAAGUACCGCCUUUAUUUGAGUAGGUUACAGAAAGAAAAUGACCUAAAAGCUUCUCUUGCUGGGAUAAAGCACUCAGAUCUAUCUUCAAAAGACCCUGUUGGAAGUUUUGGUCUUCAGAAUUCAAUCAAUGUGCAACAAAAUGACGCUGCUCAUGCAAACUAUGGAUUUUCUGGCAGUAGAAUUCUUGUCCAGAAUGUGGAUGCAAAAAUCCAUGAAAAUGGUAUGAAGGGUAUUUCAUCAUUGUCAUUUACAGAAUCCAAAGAAGUUCUGAUUGGCAACAAAACAGAUCCUCAGAAAUCCAGCAGAUCACAGGUGGGCCUAAAUUAUUCUUCUAGACCACUGGAGCAAAAUAUAAACUAUGCAGCACUUGACUCCACUAUCAUAAAGUACCCUUGGAGAGGAGAAGUUCCAGAAAUUCAGUUCAAACAAGAACACAACAAGCCACGUCUUCAGUUAGAGGAUGUCGUCAGCCAUUUGCCGGUGCCUGGACCACAGCAUCACACUCGAGUUGAUUGUUAUAUUAACAAAGAAAGAGAUAAACCAGCACCUGUUGAUGUGUCUCAAUGGACCAAAUAUAGAAGCAAUCAUCCAAGACAUGCAGCUCCAAUAGAAAGUGAGAUCGACUUAUUUUCUGUUCAAUCGCUGAGCCAUUUGGUUGACUUCCCAACUUCUGAGCCAAUCCCCACGGCUUCAAUGAAUAUGAAGAAUAAUGGCUUAAAUCAGACUUCUAUAUAUGAUUCUGAAUCUGCCCGAAGAAAUCCAACUUUGGGAAGUGGAUCACCUUUUGCCUCUUUAGACGAGAAUGUGCGAACUUGUCAGCUUCAAGGUAAUUGUUAUACAGUGGAUCCUGGACUGCAGAACAAAAAAUCUUUUGAGUACAACAAUUCAGAGCUCAUUGCUGAAGUUCCAGUCAACUUGUACGAGGCACUGAGAUUUGACUACGAGUAUCCCUGUGACUUGAUGGAAUAUCCUGUAAUAGGUCAAGGUCUAUUUAUAACAUGAUCAUGAUCCAUUGGGAGUGUCUGCGAUUUAGAUGUCUUCGACAAAGGAAGGUGACUCCAUUUUCUUCUGGUCAACUGAUGUCUUGUUAGUGUUUCCAACUUGAUGUGUAUUUAGUCUUCUUCAACCCAAUCAAAUUGGACAUGGUUGUUGAAACAUGUACAAUAGGAUUGAUGAAAAAUGUUUAGCAUAAUAAGCAAUCUUCAUGUACUUAAAGAUGAGACAUGUCUACUGUGUGAUACAGAUGUACAUGUAUAUAUUAGUUUGAGGACUCGAAUUAAACCUUGCAAAUUUUGUAAAAAAUUCUUAGUUGCAGAGCAUUUAAAGAUGUCAUUUCUGUAAAGAAAGCUGAUUUUAUGUUGAAUCA